AUGCCCACGCAGAGCCAGUACUUUGGCUACUCUGUCACCAACAUUGGCCCUCUGACCACGGCAUUCACGCCUGCGCCCUCAUGCGCAACCGCCACUCCUCACGUCUACAUCGAGACACAGCUAGGCGAGACCAGAGGACUGUACGGAUAUCCUAGUUGCGCGCCGCCCAAGUACGAGGGCUGUCUUCCCGGUGGCAAGGAGUUGGACCGACUGAAUCGCGAGUUAUCAGCAAACCCGCAUAAUGGCAACCUCGUCUACCACUCUCCCGGACUGAGGUGUCCCUCUGGAUGGAAGAAGGUGGGCUCUAUUCACGGCGGCACAAAGACACCAUCGAAGCCGUCUGGUGUAUUUACUGGAAUUACGACGGCGACGGGCUCGGGUGGAAAUCCUCGGCCUAUUCCCAGGUUGGAGGCGUAUGCACAGGUUCUAGGUCCAUCUGAGACCAUGGUGUGGUGUUGUCCCAAGGGUUUCGUUGCAAAUAAUGACGCAGCUUGCACAUCUGACUUGGGUCCUCUAUCGUCGUUUACCUACUCACAACAUUGUGAUGUCUACUUACCGAGCGAGGAUCUGUUGACGGUAACCUCUUACCAGGGCACCAUCCUGAGCAGUCCCUUGAUUGUGGUUACUGCCGCGACAACAGGCAUCAGCUCGUCUACCUAUUCCAUAGCGCCGUCUGAAACGUCUGGCCUUGUGGUAGUGAGUAACAUUCCGGUCGUGGCAUUGGUGUACCGACCAGAGGACAGGAAGGGCGAACCCAACUCGACUGCUAUUCCGGAGGUUGACGACAAUGCAUCAGUGGCAUUAAAGCCGAAUUUGCUGUCGGCUGUGUUGGGAACAGUACUAGCAGCGUGGGCCAUUGCGAGCAAUUUUUAA